UCACCGGCGCAAGAAAGAGAGAGAGAGAAAGACAGACAGAGAGAGAGAGAGAGAGAGAGAGAGAAAGAGGGAGAUGGGAGGCACCCAGUUAAUAGAUUUCAUAAGAUCCUGUUCACAAGUGGAGAUGCUGCUGUGCGCCAGGCUGUGAUGUGCGCCAUCAGAGCGGCUUCAUCUCAGCCACCACAAGAGACAGACAGAGAGAAGCUCGGGAAGGAACAGGAUGAAGCUGUUCUGCAGGAACCACUCUCACACCACUCCCGAGGGAAGCCCUGCGUUUGGAGCGACUCUACGGUUCCGUGCGCUGUGGUAGAAAACUAGGAAGUUAACUUUGGGUUUUCUCCUGCUGGUUUGAUUGAUGGAAAGCUCAGGCGUCCUGUUUAUGACUGAGACGCUGUAAUUACACCCAAAACAACUUUUGAUGGACAUUCCGUGGCUGCUGACCACGGAGCAGAAGGCUCAGAAUUAUGCGCAUCUCCAAACGAGGACGCACGCGGUUAUCUGUAGAUGAUUGACUGUUAGAAUCCCUUGUGUUCAGACCCGCUUCGUGCGCACAACCCAAAAUGAGAUUAUUAUCCACUGAGAUCCUUUUCUUCAAGGCAGACAUGAAGUGACAGUGGAAAAAAAACUGACCUAAAGCUGCGCGUUAAAGAAGAAGCAACUCUCCACAGACAGAUUUACGCAGCGGGCAGUGUCACGGAACAGCUCAGCGUUUGUUCCAGAACAAUCUGUUCGACAAAUUGGCCGAGACUUUUUAAUUAAAAGGUGCUGAUCCGCGUCUUGACGCACUGCCCAGGACUGUUGGUGUGAUCAGAAUGGACUUGGAAGACUUGCCGUGGAAGAUGCGGGGACGCCUGGAAAUGACGCCAGAAGUAAUUGAAAGCCACUAAGGUAGAUAAUAACCCCGCAGAGCUGAUCUAAACAUGGCCUCAGUGCUGGACAGCAGCUGCUCCAUGGAGCUGAGCAGUUGGAACAGCAGCGUGAGCGGAUCUGGAGGCUCCGUCCCCUGUAACCAGAGCGUCCUGAAAGCCGCUCCUUACUCCCCCGAAGCCACUGCGGCCUUCGCCACAGCCAUAACUCUGAUGGUGCUCUUCACUAUCGUGGGCAACAUCAUGGUAAUCAUUGCUGUGCUGACCAGCAGGUCGCUGCGUGGUCCACAGAAUCUGUUCUUGGUGUCUCUGGCUGCUGCGGAUAUCCUGGUGGCCACCCUCAUCAUCCCGUUCUCACUGGCCAACGAGCUCCUUGGCUACUGGUACUUCAAGUCUCUGUGGUGUGAGAUCUACCUGGCGCUGGACGUGCUGUUCUGCACUUCCUCCAUUGUGCACCUGUGCGCCAUCUCCCUGGACCGCUAUCUCUCCAUUUCCAGGGUCACCUACGGGCGUCAGCGGACUCCCAAACGCAUCAAAGCAGCCAUAGUGGUGGUGUGGUUGAUCUCUGCCAUCAUCUCUUCCCCUCCUCUUCUCUCGCUGAACAAAAGCGAGACCGGAGAUCAAGGCAGCGAGCGAGGACCCCAGUGUGAGCUCAACGACGAACGCUGGUACAUCCUCUACUCCACCAUCGGCUCCUUCUUCGCCCCCUGCCUCAUCAUGAUCCUGGUCUAUUUGAGGAUCUACCAGAUAGCCAAACAGAGAACACGCUGCCCACCAGGAGAGCCCAGGAAGGAUGGCGUCGGCUGUGCCACACCAGGUCAACCUGCGAGGCAUGUGGAGGCCAAUGGGAAGGAGGAGAAGGAGACCACACCCCCAACAUCCAGUAAGACCUCCAGCGUCAGACCUCCGACCCUCGCCAUCGCUUCUUCUCUAUCACAAGAGGGGUCUCCAAGAUCCCAGAACCCCACAGACAAUAACCUCCUGCAGCCCCCACACAUUUCUGAAGCGGUGACCCCCGACACGGCCUCCUCAGAGCACCCUUCGGACCCCGUCAGGAGUAACGAGGAGGAGAAGAAGAAAGCUAAGCGACUGGGAGAUAAAAAGGCUGACAACAACAAUGGUGAUAGCUCCAGCACAGAGAGCGAGAUGGAGCACAGCCAGGGUGGGGGUCACGGCAGCGCCAGCAUGCCGGGGUCACCCGCAGGGGGCAGCUUCCGCUCCCCAGUCUCAAUCAAACGCUACCGGGACAUGCUCGCCACUUCAAAGGGGAGUCGGCUGGUGCCGGGCAGAAAAUCCAAAACUGACAACAACCCCGGCGCGGCCAGGCGUAAAGCCAUGAUCAACAGAGAGAAACGUUUCACUUUCGUCCUGGCAGUGGUCAUCGGGGUCUUUGUGGUCUGCUGGUUCCCCUUCUUCUUCUCCUACUCCCUACAGGCAGUGUGUCCAGAGACGUGCGCCAUACCGGAUCCACUCUUCAAGUUUUUCUUCUGGAUCGGUUAUUGCAACUCCUCACUCAACCCGGUCAUAUACACAAUCUUCAACAAAGACUUCAGACAAGCCUUCAAGAAGAUCUUGUGCAGCGGCACCAAAGGUACAUUCUAUUAGGGUCAAAUAUUACGGGCGACACACGUGGACAAAAAAGCACUAUCUUAAGACGCAGAAGAAAAAAAGAAAAAAAACUCAGAGCACAUAAAAGGGCUGUCUGAAAGCAUUUCAACUGCGGAGGGUGACAGUUUCUAUAGACAACAUUCGCACAAACAGAGACUGAAAAUCACAGCUCACGUCUCGUUGACCAAAUUUUGAUACGUCCUCUUCCUUUGACCACAAUCUGAGACAGGACUUAGUGGAUGCAGAUCUAGAAUCAGGAGAGCUCCUCACCACUUCAGUGUUACUGAUAAGACUUGGCAGGAAGUAAAAAAAAAAAAAAAAAUUGGUGAUGAGGAAAAUAGGGUAGAGCAGGAAAAGAAGGAAAUUCUUCUACUUUUAUUGAAUAUAGAAAAAAUGAUUAUAAAAAUUGAAUUAAGUACAGAAAUCUUUAAUGAAUGACAUAUUUAUUGUUUUAAACUCCAGAAAUACUGGAAAAGGGAAACUGGUGGGAAAAAUUAAGAAAUUAAGAAAAAGAAAAAAAAAAAAACGUAACAAAAAAAGUGACCUUAGAUUGCCGUAAGCCUGUACGGCCCUUUUUUUUUCAUCAAUACAGAGCACAAGGAGCCCACAAGGAUGGUGGGGAUUUCUUACAUCUGCAGUCUUAAUUUGCCCCCGCUGUAGGGCAAACAUGUGUUUCUCCUGAUUGUAUCUCAACAACAAGCCUCGGUUUCUGAUGUUCAAGGUAACGGCACAGACAAGGGCAGCCUUUCUUACUGGACCGAGGACAGACAUGUUCACGUCACAGGCACAGGGUGUGCCUGAGUGGACACUCAGGUUGUCUGUAACAGCACACACUCUCCUCUCAUCCUGACACACUGGAUCAGCCCAACAAGCCUGCUGGAUUUGAGGGACUGAGAAGGAAGCUACAUGAACCUUAUUGAGAUGUUUAGGUGAGACGGUGUCAUCUCCCUUCUCCUCCUCCCAUUUGCACCUCCUCCUCCUUGUUGCUGUUUCCCUGUUUCUUUUCAUCUGACAAUCUCCAGUGUCCUAAGCACCCGCUCUAAUCAGCACUGGGAUGUUUAGUCAUGUACAGUAAUGUGACUUGGCCUCAUACCAGGGAGAUAUUUACGUUAGGCAGAUGAACAAUGCAAAUAUGCAUGUGAAAAUGAUAGCACCAAUUACACCUACACACACUCUUUAUGGGGGAACCAUUUGGCUGACUCACUCUGAUCAUCACCUGCAGGGUAGCUCUCUCCCAUCGCCGUGUUUGGAUGAAAGAUGAACGGUGCAUUUAUUUUUUCUCAUGAAGUGACUCGGGCUCCCUCUGUUUUCUCGCCAAAAAAAAAACAAAACUCAAAAAUGUGUCUGUAACCGUGAACAGCACAACAGGCUAUUGACUCAAUGGGACAAGGGCUUUCAGCAGUGACACUUCACUUUUACUGAUUUGUCUAGUUACGCUGACCAGUGUGUGUGUAUGUGUGUGUGUGUGUGUGUGUGUGGCAUGCGUGUCGACUUUAAUGUUUUGGUUUUCUUUUUUUCUGCUGCUCUGUUCUACAGAUCUACUGUAAUAUUCAUUAGAACUGAGACCAGCAGGGUGCGCUGGGCUGUCUUCACACAUGAAUGUUUCACUGCAUAGAAAGAUCAGUGGCUGGGAUUGUAUGUAGAAACCCAUGUGGAAAGAGUAAGGUGGUGCAGUGUUUUUCCAAGGGAUUCAGCUGGACCCUGAACUGGGCCGCGGUGCAGCCCCACAUGGACACAUUGACUGAAUGAAUAGUCAAAGUCUUACUGAGUUAAUAGUUUUUUUUUUAAAACUCAUCACCAUUAAGGGACCAAAGGGCCACAAAUGACUCUGGGCUGAAGCAGUGAUAACUGACUUGCUGUGGUUCUACAGGAAUAUUCCUUCAAUGACAGUGUACGUGACGAGAAGCUGAGGUUUAACAAAAAAAAAAAAAAAAAAAAAAAAA